AUGUAUGUUUCUUUCUUCUCAUUAAAUUUUUGUUUUUAUAUUACUUUUUAUUUUCUUUUGAUUACAUUAUUUACAAGAAAUUGCUUAUGUUUUGUUUCAAAUGAAAGAGAAGAAUCAUACAACAUAAUAUUAACAAAAGAAAAAAAAAAAAAUAAAAUAAACAAAACAAAAUACUUUCUUUAUAAUUUUUUAAAAAAAAAAAAAAUAAAUGUUAAUCCAUAUUAUAAAACCAUUCGAAUAUUACCUGCAAGGGACUACUUACCCUAUUGUCAAAAAAACAGAAAGGACUAUAACAAAAUAAAUAUAAAACUAAAAGAUAAAAAUAAUAAAUAUGAUUAUUAUCAUAAUAAAAAUGUAUCAAAAUAUAAUAAUAUAAAAAUUCAAAAUGAUGAUAUAACUACAAGUAAUAAUCACAGGAAUAUGUCCAAUUUAUUAUCCAAAAAAAAAAAAAAAAAAAAAAAAAAACCAACCUUCUCAAAAAAAGAAAUGUUAAGAAUAAAGAAAAAAAAUGAUAAGUUCAAAUUUUUAAACAAAAAAAUUAAAAAUAUAUAUAAAAAAAAAGAAUCACACAUUAAACAUUUAAAAGAUAAUAUAAAAGGUAAUGCACAUCAAAAUGAUAAAGAAAAUAUUUUUCUUUUAGAUAAACAAUCAAGUGAUCAUAAUUAUAAAAGUAAUAUAGAACAACAGAAUCAAGACAAUAAUCAUUCAUAUGAUGAAAAAAAAAAAAAAAAAAAAAAAUUACACAAAUUUAAAAGAAAUAAAAAACAAGAAAAUAUAUUAAAUAUGUUUGAAAACAAUCUAAAUUAUUCAAUAGAUAAAUUAAAUAAAAAAACAAAAAAAUAUGAAAUAUUUAAACAAAAGGAAAAUAUUAAAAAUGAUGUACUACAAAAUGAAAUACUAAACAAAAUUCUUUCAAAAGAGACAACAUCAAAAAAUAUUAUAAAUAAUAGCAAAAAAAAUAAAAAUAAUAACAAAAAAAAUAAAAAUAAAAAUAAUAACAAAAUAAAUAAAUAUGUUAACAAAAAAAAUAAAAAUGUUAACAUACAAAUUUCAAAUAAUAAAAUAUAUAAUAAGAAAGAUAUAAAGCAAAACACAAUAGAAAUACCUAUAAACAAUAGCAAACAUAAAAAAAAUAUAUCGAAUAAUAAAAAUAAUUACACAAAUGAAGACAAAUUUAAUAUUAAUUGUGAACAUGGAAAAAACAAAAUUAAACAUUACAUCGAUGAUAUAACAAAUCAAUAUAAUCAAAAAAAUAUUACACUUGAAACAAAUAUAAAUGAAAAUCAAAAAAAUAAUAAUCAAACUCAUAAUUAUUAUAAUGAUCAUCAAUAUAUUCAUACUAAAAAUGUUACAAACGAUCAUGAAAAUUUUAUAUCAAAUAAUAUAACAACAAAUUCUCAAGUUAAUAAUAAUAAUCAACCCAUUCCAAACAUACAAGAAAUUUUUAAAGUUUCUAAAUCUAUUGAUAAUUUUAGAAGACAAAUACAAAUAAAAAAUAAUGCAGAAAAUAAUACAGAUGCAAUAAAAAAAAGAUUACAACAAUAUGAUUCUAUAAUUGAUUUUAAUGCAAAUAAAAAUAUUGUUAUAACAGAAGAUGUCUCAGAAAAGGAAAAAAAAAAAAAAAAAAAAUUAAAUUACACAUUCUAUGAUGUAGGUAUAUAUGAUAACUUUAUUAACAUAUAUUUAAAAUAUAAUGAUAUUAAUUAUACUACUGACCAUCAAGCUAAAUAUAUACCUAUGAUACUUUUCUUUUUAAAUAAUGUAAAUGUUGAUCUAUACAAUUGUUAUAAAAAAAGGAUGACAUGUGAUCAUAACAAUAUUGUAAAUCAAAACUCUAAUAUUAUAUCAGAGCAAAAAAAAAAACUCCUUUCAACAUAUGAUAUAUCAAAUGUGUGUUCUCCUGAUCAAAUGGUAAUAAAUAAAAAAAUGGAUCAACAACAAAAGGAUACAUCAUGUAAUAUAAAUAAUAAUAAUAAUAAUAAUUUUUUUAUUGAAAACAAUCAACUUGUUAAUUCCAAUUCAUCUAUCAAAGAUAAUACUCUCGAUUCUAAACAAAACCACGACAUCUCUAAUGAAAUAAAAUUUCUAAAAGAAGGUCAUAUAAAAGAUAAUGAAAAUAAUUAUAUAGAUGAUUAUCCUGAUGAUAAAGAAAAAACAUCAAAUGUAAAACAAAUUCUUUACGUAAAUAAAUAUAAUGACAAAUUAAAAAAAUUAAUAAGAACGUUCUUCUUACAUUGUCCAACAGGUACAGGUAAAACAUUUAUAUAUCUACUACCCCUCUUCCAAGAAAUUAGUAAUUUUAAUUUUUUACAAUACGAAAAAAAUCAAAUACAAAAAAAUAAAUCAUAUGAUGAAAAUAAUUUAUUCGAUAAACACAAAUUCUUUUAUGCUAAUAAAAAUAUAAAUGAACAACUCACCUCCUUCGUUUGUGUAAAUAAAACAGAAGAACAAGCUUUUAUUAAUUACAAUAUGGAACGAAUGAAACACAUAUUCAACUAUAUAAUAAAUCAAAAUAAAAAAUAUAAUAUAAAAACAGAAAACACGGCAAAUGAUUCUUUAAAAAAUGAGAAAACAUAUAACUUUGAUGAAAAAAAAAAAAAAAAAAAAAAAAAAAAAGAUAUUUUAUUAAUUACAUAUAAUAAAGAACUUGCUGUUCAAAUAUAUGAAUUAUAUAAAGAUAUAAUAAAUUCUUUUUAUAAAUCAUAUGAUGCUUCAUUUUUUAAAAAUAAUAAUUCAAUCAUAUAUCCCAGCUCCAUACAAAAAGAUGCACACAUGCUUAUAGAAAAAAUAAAUAUCAAUUUUAAAGCAAAAUUAAAUAUGAAUGUUCAUUUAUUAAUAGGAGGAAAUAAUAUUAAAUAUCAGCUUAAAAGUUUAAAAAAGAAAACAAAAAACAACAACAACAACAACAAUAAUAAUAAUAAUAAUAAUAAUAACAAAGAUAAUCAUGUUAAUAAUAAUAUAGAUGAGCAUAAUAUUAAUGAUAAACACACAAAUGAACAACAUAUACAAUCAUCAUUUUAUGAUGAAGAAAAUAUUAACAUAUAUAUUGGAACACCAGGAAGAUUACAUAAAUUAAUACAUGAGAAAAAAAUCAUCAAAUUAAAUAAUAUAUCUACAGUCAUAUUCGAUGAAUAUGAUUUUUUUUUCAGCUCAAUGAAAGUAAAAAACAAUCUUAAAAAUAAAGAAAAUGUCGUAGAAUUAGAAAACCAAUUUUUUGCAAAACUAUUAAAAAGUAUUUAUUUAAAAAAUAAAGAAGAAGAUGUACAAAAAAAAAAAAUUAUAAAAGAUACAAAUAAUAUACAACAUUAUAAAAAUAACAUCUCAGUUGUAAAUGUUAUUUGUUGUAGUGCUACGUCGGCUAUAUAUCCAUAUUUAACAUAUACAAAACAUAUUAUUACAACCAACUUUUUAAAUAAUUUAUAUUCUGAAUUUAUUAAUGAUAAAUAUAUAACAGAUCAAAAUCAUAAAGAAAGGAAACAAAUUCAAAAUAAGGAUGUUACAACAAGUGAUACUUCUAUCACAAAAAAAAAACAAGAAAUUCCAAAUAAUGAAAAUAAUAAUAAUAAUGAUGAUGAUAAUUAUAGUAGUAGUAGUUGUAGUAGUGGUGGUGAUGAUGAUUUACAUUUAAAUCAUCAAAAAAAUAACGACACAAAACAAACAAAUAAUUCAUUUAUCAAUUAUAAAAGGGAGCAAAUCAUGUUAAACGAUUUAUUUAAAAUAAACAGUAUUGUAAAUAUGCCAAAAAAUUUAAUACACCUAAACUAUUGUUAUGAUAAAAAAAACAAAGAAAGAAAUAAUAAUGCUACAAGUAAUUUCUUAAGAGUUCUUUUUUCUAACCCACUCAACAAAAACGUUUUAGUUUUCUGCAACACCAAGAAAAAAGUGUUGGACUUAUGGAGUCUUUUCAGAAACCGAUUUGACGUUGACAUUCAGACAAUAUUUUCUCAGAAAGAUAAAGGGAAAAAGAAGAUAUUCAAGGAUAUAAAUUAUGCUAAUUUUUUUAAAAACGAUUUGAUUGAUUAUAAAAAUUUAAAAAAGUACGUCAACUUUUUAUUUAUAUCAACAAAUUUGUUAUAUAGGGGUAUCAAUUGUAUGGGUUUCACGACAAUUAUAAAUUAUGACAUGCCUUUUGACACAACAGAAUAUGUACAUAGAUGCGGACGAAUAGGAAGAAUAAACAACAAGGGGGCUAUAAUAAAUAUUUUUGAAAAAAAAAUGAAAAGAAAUUAUAACAAAGAAAUAUUCAAAAAGUUAAAUAUCAAAACGUAUGAUAUUGACUGUUAUAUGAAUAAUAUGUUUACCUUUAAGGAAAAAAUAAAAAGAUAA